AUGUUUUUUUGGUGGCGGCUCUGUGGACAGAGUGGGGGACAAAAUGCCACUGGCACGAUCUUGACGUCGACGGGCGAUUUAGGAACACGAAUUAGUGAAUCUCAAGGGGACUCGGGAACACGAAUUAGUGAAUCUCAAGGGGACUCGGGAACACGAAUUAGUGAAUCUCAAGGGGACUCGGGAACACGAAUUAGUGAAUCUCAAGGGGACUCGGGAACACGAAUUAGUGAAUCUCAAGGGGACUCGGGAACACGAAUUAAUGAAUCUCAAGGGGACUCGGGAACACGAAUUCGUGAAUCGCAAUGGACUUGGGAACCCAGAGACUUGGGAACCCGUAAUCAGGAAUCGAAAUGGGACUCUGGGACCCGAAUUAGGGAAUCUCAAGGGGACUCCGGAACCCGAUUUCGGGAAUAG